CACAUUAAAAUCACAUUAUAAGAAAUGAAACUAAAUAGGCUGCAAUAAUAGUGCAAAUCUAGCAAAUGUUGUUGCAGGGUAAAGUGUGAGUCUACGAAAAUAUACUAUAGUCAAUUGGAAAUUUAUUUCCACAUGUUUUUGGCCUGAGGCAUUUAAUAUGACAUAGAAAGGUCACAUAAGUGCACUAAAGUAAUUACCAUCCCUUGCACUGCAUCACAAAUUACUAAUAAAUCACUCAAGAAUCUUUGUUUCUACCAUUUCACUGACUGGAAAAGUCAGAGGAGCUGCUUAGAGUACCAUGCUUUACAUUCAGAAGAUCAGCAGAUGCCAACAGGUGCAGCAGAAUGCUAAAAUCUGUAUCUGUUAAUUUUUGCCUCUCAUGCAGCUAUUAAAAACAUACAGGACAGAAAGAAGAAACAGUUGCACAUCUCAUUUGUCCUAGUAUUUAUUUCCUUUGGAGUAGCCUAUAUUGCUUCCUGUAUCGCAUUUAAUCUGAAAUUGACUGAUCUAGUGCAGACACUAAGAAACGGUGGUUGCACUUCAAAGAAUUAAGGUCACAACAACUGGUAUAAGAGACCUUUUAUUCUGGAGGAGGCUGGAUUUCUCACAGCAACUCUACAUCCCAUUCAGCUCAAUUGCCUUAUUCUCAGGUAAACGGGCACACGAUUGCAGAGUAAUUUCAGGGUCUUUUAACAGCUGUUAUCCAAUCAGGACUGACCGGAGAGGAGGCUCCAUUGAAUGCAACCGCACUUGACUUCCGAACGAACAAACACCCGGCAGGUCACAAUCUUCGUUUCAGGAGCAAAUCCCAGACGUGGGAGCGGUGCAGAGCAGCCCAGGCGUGGAGCGGUGUGACCUCACGCACCUCGGGAGUGUGGCCUCCCCUGAACUCACGUCCGAAGGAGCGCGCCAUCCACGCUGGUGCGACCCUGCAGCAAUCCUGGCCAACAUUUAUCAGGAAGCGAAUCUCACGGGCUUGAUUAGACGUUAGUUCUCAGUAGACGUGUUUCAUGGGGUUUGAACCUUUCUUAGAGCCGCAGGCGUGUGGAAACACCCGCGACGUUAAGCCAGCUCUAGUGCACCCGCCUAAUGUCACGUCACGGCCCCGACCUUGCCGUCUCGGGUGACGGAAGGUGGACACACCACCUGCUUGGCUCCAAGCCGGGGCUCUCCGGCCUCCCCCUCCCGAGACGCCAGUCGUCACUGACCGCGGAGGGGGCGGAGGAGGAGCCGCGGCCGCUGAGCCGGCCGUUCCCCGAGCGCAGGCUCACCUGGGCGCCUCCUCAGCCCCACCUGGGCGGGGACCGCGGGGCGGUUUGCCUGGCGGGCCCAACGAGGGUCCGGCGUCGCCGACCUUCUGCAGCUGCAGGUUGCGCGGAGGAGGAAAUUAGGGCAGGCGGCGGCGAUUGGAGGCGCCCGCGAGCCAACCAGCGCCCUCCCAGACGCCCCUGAGUCACCGGCAGCAGCAACACGCAGGAGGACUGGAGCUGGGCGGCGGGUAUAAGAGCGAGGCUGAGCUGCCCUCCCCCCUCGUGCAUGUUCUUCGCGUCUUCCUCCUCCUCCUCCUCACCACCGGUGUGAGCGAGCACGCGCGCGCCCCUGCCUGCCUGCCUGCACGACGCGUCCUGAAUUUCCGUCCUUCCCACUGCCUUCUGCUUCCCCGUUUUGCCUCUUGGAGCUGCUUUCUUCGUGGCCGCCUGCAUUGCCUCCCCUUCGUCCAACCUGCCAGGCUCCGGGUGGCAUUCUCGCCUGGGCAACAAAAACAGGAGGGGGGGUGUAAAGGAGAGGAAAACACCCCCUCCCCCCCCACAAUAAUUCGUGUUUCUCCUCGGGUUCAUGCUGCUAACUUGUAGGAGGAGACGGAGCAGCUGCUCCUGCCGCCAGGCGAUGGGCACGUUCCCGUGGCGGGGGCUCGGGCUUCUUCUGGUCGCUUUGGCUUGCCUGGCAGGAGGGGCGCGCGGGACAAGAGUAACAUGUGAUGAAUCUCAGUUCCAUUGUCACAACGGCCGCUGCAUAACUUCACUGUGGAGGUGUGAUGGGGAUCAUGACUGCUCAGACGGCAGUGAUGAACUAAACUGCGUGAAAAAGACUUGUUCUGCAUCAGAUUUUGUGUGUCAGAAUGGGCAGUGCAUACCCAGCAGAUGGAGUUGUGAUGGGGAUCCUGAUUGUGAAGAUGGUUCGGAUGAACUUUCAGAGCUUUGUUACACAAGGAUGUGCAUAGCAGGUGAAAUUAGCUGUGGUCCUCGAUCAAGUCGCUGUAUCCCAGCAUCCUGGAAAUGUGAUGGUGAAAGUGAUUGUGAUGAUGGUACAGAUGAAGAUGAUUGUGCCAAUAUAACUUGUAGUCCUGAUGAAUUCACAUGUACCAAUGGGCAGUGCAUUUCAAAAGAUUUUGCUUGCAAUGGGCAAGAAGACUGCAGCGAUGGUAGUGAUGAGGUAGGCUGUAUGGCACCUACCUGUCGAGUGGGUGAGUUCCAGUGCAAAAGUGAAAGUGACACCUGUAUCCCAUUCAACUGGGUGUGUGAUAAUGAAGCUGACUGUACCGACUCGUCAGAUGAAUCUCCAGAUCAGUGUGGCCACCAGCCUGUCAUCACUGUGAAGUGUGGAGAGAGUGAAAUGUUGUGUGAUUCAGGAGAUGAAUGUUUCCACAAGAAGUGGCGUUGUGAUGGAGACACUGACUGCAAGGAUGGGAGUGAUGAGAUCAAUUGCCCUUCUCGAACGUGCAGGCCUGACCAGUUCAGAUGUGAGGAUGGCAACUGCGUUCAUGGGACCAGGCAGUGCAAUAGGGUACGGGACUGCAUAGAUGGCUCUGACGAAGUCAACUGCCAAGCAGGUAAUCAAUGCACAGGCCCUGGGAAAUUCAUGUGCAGGAGUGGAGAAUGCAUAGAUUCCAACAAAGUGUGCAAUCAGAAACAAGACUGCAAAGACUGGAGUGAUGAACCCCUCAAGCAGUGCAACACAAAUGAAUGCUUGGUGAACAAUGGAGGUUGCUCUCAUAUCUGCAAAGACUUGGCUAUAGGCUAUGAAUGUGAUUGCCCUGCUGGCUUUCAGCUGAUAGACCGAAAAACAUGUGGAGAUAUUGAUGAAUGCCAGAACCCUGGGAUCUGCAGUCAAAUCUGCAUCAACACAAAACUGGGGUACAAGUGUGAAUGUAUUCGUGGCUACCGAAUGGAUCCACAAACAGGAGUAUGCAAAGCAAUUGAAGGAGAACUAAGCCUUCUUUUCACUAAUCGCUGGAACAUCAGGCAGUUUACCAUAGAAAGACAAGACUAUACCCAACUGAUAGGAGACCUGAGAAAUGUUGUGGCUCUGGAUGCUGACAUGGCCGACCAUACAAUUGUUUGGGCUGAUGCUGGGCCAAAUGCUAUCCACAGUUCCUCACUUAUUUCAAAUAACAGACCGGGACAGCAUCACCGUAUUGUAGACAAUGUGCAGAAUCCAGCAGGAAUUGCUGUUGACUGGAUUUACAAGAAUGUCUACUGGACUGAUUCUGCUCUUAAGUCUAUAUCUGUGGCUACUCUUUCUGGCACUAAAAGGAAGGUCUUGUUCAACACCAACCUAAGGGAGCCAGCCUCAGUUGCUGUGGAUCCCCUUUCUGGCUUCAUGUAUUGGUCUGAUUGGGGUGAACCAGCCAAAAUUGAAAAAGCAGGGAUGAAUGGACUUGACAGGCAGCAACUUGUGACAACAGAUAUUGAGAGGCCCAAUGGGAUUGCACUAGAUCCUGUGAAGAACCGUCUCUACUGGGUGGAUUCUAAGCUUCAUAAGCUUUCUAGUGUGGAUCUGAAUGGGCAAGACCGUAGAAUUGUGUUAGAAUCCCAUGAAUUCCUGGCUCAUCCUCUUGGUCUGACAAUAUUUGAGGACACUGUUUACUGGACUGAUGGGGAAAACGAAGCAGUAUAUGGUGCAAAUAAGUUUACUGGAGCAGAACUGAAAACAGUAGUAAACAACCUAUAUGAUGCUCGGGACAUCAUUGUGUAUCACGAACUUGUGCAACAAGCAGGAAAGAACUGGUGUGAAGAAGAGAACAUGGUAAAUGGAGGCUGUGGAUAUCUCUGUCUGCCAGCUCCUCAAAUAAAUGACCAUUCUCCAAAGUAUACUUGUGCAUGCCCUGAUGGAGACACACUGCAAGAUAACGGCUUAACAUGCAGAGGUACAGGAACUGAUGUGGAUUACACUGAGGCAAAAGAGAACAUCAAAACAGAAAAACCACCUGGACCACUUUCUGGAGGACAAAAUCAGAGUAGUCCAGUGACAGAAGAGCUGGCUUCUUCUCGAAGUUCUUCAGCAGCAUGGGCUAUUCUUCCUGUUCUAUUGUUGGCAACAGCUGCAGCAGGAGGCUACUUCAUGUGGCGUAACUGGCAACACAAAAACAUGAAAAGCAUGAAUUUUGACAAUCCAGUGUACUUGAAAACAACAGAAGAAGACCUUGCUAUAGACAUUGGAAGACACAGCAGUUCAGUGGGGCAUACUUAUCCAGCAAUAUCGGUUGUAAGCACAGAUGAUGAUUUAUCAUGAAUAUUCUGGUGACUCUCCUCAAGCCUCCCUGUGUUCUACACUUUUUGGAUGGUAGCCAGACCAGUGGCUGAACAAAUUCCUUCCCAUCAUGGAAGAAUGAAGAUACAUGGGGAACAAGUUCACAAAACCAUUUUCAUACAAAGUUGUAAACAGCAAACAUCUACAAAUACAGCUUUUUAUAGUUAUUGGUUACCUGUUACCCUUUAACAACAUAACUAUUGCCACCACUGGCCAUGUAAAAAGCACUUUCCAAAAAGCCAUACUGAAAUAAAAAGUGCUACAGAAUUACUACCUGUAAAUAAUUGUACAGGCCCACUUGUAAAUCUUCCUGUGGAUAGUCUAUUAAGCACUUUGGGGGGAAAACAUUUCAAUGUAAAUUGCUGUAUAAUUUUUUUUGAAUGGUUGGGCAAUGGCAAUAGGAGAAAACGGGUUACUCAUAUUAAUUGCCAAAAAAAUUGUAAACUUUAACUUUUGUAUGAAGUGUGAAUUUGUCCUCCCUGAACCACCUACAGGGGUGUGCAGAGGACAACUAAUCUGUAUCAGAAACCACUGUAAAUUUCAACACUGAAAUUAAAGAGAAGCAAAUCUAUA